AUUGAAUCAAUUACAAAACGAGGUUUUUGAGCCCAAUUCAGUUGGAGCUAGAGGGAGAGAAACAGGAGGGGACUACAGGCCGUGGACACACUUUUUACUACAUAUGUAGGAUUUUCAUUUCGAAUUGACAUAACGGGAGAAGGCCGGAGCUCUGCUACUGCCCAUUACGGGCCGCAGGAAGGAAAGAAGGAAGAUCGCCAGAGCGCCCAACUUCUUGUGGGAAGGUUAGGGAUGAGUUGGAACAGGGAAACUUGGUUUCAGUUUUCUGGAGCGAUGGGGACGCCCCACCUGGCACUCCUGGUCGUAGGCUGUCUCCUCACAGGGCCGAGUGUCAUUUUCAGCCAGCUUUCAUUACCCUCCAUCCUCCCAAACGAAAAUGAAAAGGUUGUGCAGCUGAAUUCAUCCUUUUCUCUGAGAUGCUUUGGGGAGAGUGAAGUGUCCUGGCUGUACCCCAUAUCUGAGGACAAGAAGGCCAAUGUGACCAUCAGAAAUGAGGAGAACAACAGUGGCCUUUUUGUGAAAGUGCUAGAAGUGGCCAAUGCCUCGGCGGCUCACACAGGACUGUACACUUGCUAUUACAACCACACGCAGACGGAAGAAAACGAGAUCGAAGGCAGUCACAUCUACAUCUAUGUGCCAGACCCGGAUGUAGCCUUCGUACCUCUAGGAAUGACAGAUUAUUUAGUCAUCGUGGAGAACGACGACUUUGCCAUCAUACCUUGUCGCACGACCGAUCCUCAGACGCCGGUGACCUUACUCAGCAGGGACGGAGUGGUCCUGGCUGCCUAUGACAGCCGGCAGGGCUUCAACGGAAGCUUCACUGGGGGGCCCUACGUCUGCGAGGCCAUCGUCAGAGGGAAGAAGUUCCAGACCAUCCCAUUCAACAUCUAUGCUUUAAAAGCAACCUCAGAACUUGACCUAGAAUUGGAAGCUCCUAAAACUGUGUACAAGUCAGGGGAAACCAUUGCGCUCACCUGCAUCGUCUUCAACAACGAGGUGGUGGACUUUCAGUGGACUUACCCUGGAGAAGUGAAGAGCAAAGGUGUCAUGAUGCUGGAGGAAAUCAAGGACCCAUCCCUCAAACUGGUGUACACGCUGAUGGUCCCCAAGGCCACGGUGAAAGACAGUGGAGAUUACGAAUGUGUUGCCCGCCAGGCCACCAGCGAGGUCAAAGAAAUGAAGAAAGUCACCAUUUCUGUCCACGAGAAAGGGUUCGUUGAAAUCCAGCCCUACUUCAGCCAGUCGGAAGCUGUCAACCUGCACGAAGUCAAGCAUUUUGUGGUGGACGUGCAGGCCUACCCCCCUCCCAGGAUAUCCUGGCUCAAGGACAACCUGACUCUGAUUGAAAACCUCACAGAGAUCACCACCGACAUCGAAAAGAUUCAGGAAAUAAGGUAUCGAAGCAAAUUAAAGCUGAUCCGUGCUAAGGAAGAAGACAGUGGCCAUUACACCAUCGUAGUUCAAAAUGAAGAUGACAUGAAGAGCUACACUUUUGAACUUUUAACUCAAGUUCCCUCAUCUAUUCUGGACCUCGUCGACGACCACCAUGGGUCUACGGGGGCGCAGACCGUGAGAUGCACAGCUGCAGGGACACCGCUUCCUGAUAUCGAGUGGAUGAUUUGCAAGGAUAUUAAAAAAUGUAAUAAUGAGACUUCAUGGACAGUUUUGGCCAGCAACAUCUCAAACAUCAUCACGGAGGUCCACCCCCUGGACAGGAGUGUGGUGGAGGGCCAGGUGACUUUCGCCAAAGUGGAGGAGACCAUUGCCGUCCGGUGUCUGGCGAAGAAUCUCCUUGGAGUAGAGAACCGAGAGCUGAAGCUGGUGGCUCCCACCCUGCGUUCUGAACUCACGGUGGCAGCCGCAGUCCUGGUGCUGUUGGUGAUUGUGAUAAUCUCACUGAUUGUCCUUGUGGUCAUUUGGAAACAGAAACCGAGGUAUGAAAUUCGCUGGAGGGUCAUUGAAUCAAUCAGCCCCGAUGGACAUGAAUAUAUUUAUGUGGAUCCAAUGCAGUUGCCUUAUGACUCGAGAUGGGAGUUUCCCAGAGACGGACUAGUGUUGGGCCGUAUACUGGGAUCUGGUGCAUUUGGGAAAGUGGUGGAAGGCACUGCGUAUGGAUUAAGCCGGUCCCAACCUGUCAUGAAAGUAGCAGUGAAGAUGCUUAAACCCACGGCCAGAUCCAGUGAAAAACAAGCUCUCAUGUCUGAACUGAAGAUAAUGACCCACCUGGGCCCACAUUUGAAUAUUGUGAACUUGCUGGGAGCCUGCACCAAGUCAGGCCCCAUUUACAUCAUUACUGAGUACUGCUUCUAUGGGGAUUUGGUCAACUAUUUGCAUAAGAACAGGGACAGCUUCCUGAGCCACCACCCAGAGAAGCCAAAGAAAGAGCUGGACAUCUUUGGAUUGAACCCCACUGAUGAAAGCACUCGGAGUUAUGUUGUUUUAUCUUUUGAAAACAACGGUGACUACAUGGACAUGAAGCAAGCCGACACCACCCAGUAUGUCCCCAUGCUGGAAAGGAAAGAGGUUUCUAAGUAUUCGGACAUCCAGAGAUCGCUGUAUGACCGCCCAGCCUCGUAUAAGAAGAAGUCUAUGUUAGAGUCAGAAGUCAAAAACCUCCUUUCGGAUGACGGCUCAGAAGGCCUUACUUUGUUGGAUUUGUUGAGCUUCACCUACCAAGUUGCCCGAGGAAUGGAGUUUUUGGCUUCAAAAAAUUGUGUCCACCGGGACCUGGCCGCUCGCAACGUCCUCCUGGCACAAGGGAAGAUUGUAAAGAUCUGUGACUUUGGCCUAGCCAGGGACAUCAUGCAUGAUUCGAACUACGUAUCGAAAGGCAGCACCUUCCUCCCCGUGAAGUGGAUGGCUCCUGAGAGCAUCUUUGACAACCUCUACACCACACUGAGCGACGUCUGGUCUUACGGCAUCCUGCUCUGGGAGAUCUUUUCCCUUGGGGGCACACCCUACCCUGGCAUGAUGGUGGAUUCUACUUUCUACAAUAAGAUCAAGAGUGGAUACCGGAUGGCCAAGCCUGACCACGCCACCAGUGAAAUCUAUGAGAUCAUGGUCAAGUGCUGGAACAGUGAGCCUGAGAAGAGACCCUCCUUUUACCACCUGAGAGAGAUUGUGGAGAACCUGCUGCCUGGACAGUAUAAAAAGAGUUAUGAAAAGAUUCACCUGGAUUUCCUGAAGAGCGACCAUCCGGCUGUGGCACGCAUGCGAGUGGAUGCUGACAAUGCCUACAUUGGUGUCACCUACAAAAACGAGGAAGACAAGCUGAAGGACUGGGAAGGUGGCCUGGACGAGCAGAGGCUGAGUGCUGACAGCGGCUACAUCAUCCCUCUGCCUGACAUCGAUCCUGUUCCUGAGGAGGAAGACCUGGGCAAGAGGAACAGACACAGCUCACAGACCUCUGAAGAGAGUGCCAUUGAGACAGGUUCCAGCAGCUCUACCUUCAUCAAGAGAGAGGACGAGACCAUUGAGGACAUCGACAUGAUGGAUGACAUUGGCAUAGACUCCUCAGACCUGGUAGAGGACAGCUUUCUUUAACUGGUGGGUUUGAGGGGUACCUUCCACUCCUGGAGCCUCUUUGGAUCCUUUUAAGAAAAAAACCACUUUAUUGCAAUGCAAAGUUUGAGAGGAGGACUUGGAUGAUGUAUAAUGAGAAGUUCCUGCCCAAGGGCAUCAGGGAGCCUUCUCCUUAUGAGUGAAUGGGAUAUUUUGAAGUGAACUUCUUCAGCGUUGCCUCUUGCAAUGCUUCAGUAGCAUCUCAGCAUGUGAAACGUGGAGGUAGAUGGACAAGGAAGUGGUGGACCACGGAAGAUGAACUUUGUGUUUCCAGGUAUUGGUGCGAUUCCAACAUGCACGAUUUUUGUUGCAACAAAACUCCAGCAUUGUAAUUAUGUAAAUAACUCUAACCAAGGAUGUGUUUAGAUUUGUAUUAACUAUCUUCUCUGGACCUCUGAAGAGACCGACCACUCAACCCAUCUAUGUACUUCCCGCUUGAAACCUGGCGUCAGCUGCUGUUGAACUUUCUUAGGAAGUACAUGCAAAACCACUUUUGAACCUUAAAAGGUACUGGUACUACAGCAUUUUACUUUUUUUUAGUGUUGAAGAGAUAAAAGCUAAUGAUUAACCAACCUUGUUUAAUAGAUUUGGGUCAUUUAGAAGCCUGACAACUCAUUUUCCUAUUGUAAUCGAUGUUUAUAAUAAUACUACUGUUAUCGGUAAUGCUAAAUGUGUAACAUGUAACACGUUUUCCCUACAGAGAAAGCACAAUUUUUAAAACAUCCUUACUAAGUAGGUGACACGUUUGACAGUUUUUGACAUUUAUAUCAAAUAACAUCUGUUUCUCUAUAAAGUAUGGUAAUAGCUUUAGUGGAUUAAAUUUAGCUGAAGGUAGAGAAGAAAGUAGAAGCGGUGUGUCUUCCAGGAAGUCAGAGUUUUUGACUGUGUACUGAGUAGGUCCCCUGAUCAUUGUACUAAAAACAGUGAACUGCCCUCAGAAGUAGUGGGUUUCAAAACAAACAAGUAAAACCCCUGAAUCCUAAAUGUUCUCAGUAUAAAGACUUACACCUAUGGCUCAGAUGACUUCUCAUGUUAUUACCAGUGGAAAAUACAGUCAUCAGCAGAAAGAUGCCACCAGCAGAGGUCUUUUCAUGCCUGGUGGUAACUGUGGAUCCCGACAUAUAUAUUUUAAAAAAUUCUACGAACCCUAAAAGAGUCAGAAGAAUGUCCUGAAUGUGAGCCCUCUUUCUCCAUCUCUUACCCCCAAGGAGAAAUAGUUUGAAACUCUUGAGACCAUAAAGGCAUUGCUCAGUGCAGACUGUGUGUGCCUUUGUUUGGAAUGUUGGUUCCCAAAUGAAACUGGCAGCUGGAACCCCCAGGUGCUAAAUCCCCAUUCCAGAGAUUCUGAAUUACUAAGUUUGGGGAGGGGAGCAGAAACCUAUAAUUUUAUAAAUUCCCUUGCUCUUCUGAUUAGCCCAGUUUGGGAAAUGCUGGCUUAGGUUAUAGGAAACUGCCAUGGGAAAAAAAUAAUUUAAAAUUAGGGACUGGGCCAGAAAUCAACCACGCAGGAAGCUUAUUUAAAUCCUUGGCUUCGGGUCAGUGCCAUGUAAUGUCGCAUGUCUAGCAAUUGCUACCCUUCCUUUAACUUUUCAGUGUUAAAAGACUUACAUGCUCAGCCUCAGAUGAAAGUAAAGACACUGCUUCCCCCUGCAUGGGGGAACGGACUCCCUCUUCCCCCGGUCCCCAAAGUGCAUGUACAAAAAUGAUGCAAUCCAGUGUACCAAAUCUCUAGAACCAGGUCAGUAUUUUGGUGGAAAUGUAAUCAGAAAGUUUUACUGAUAUUUUGGGGUCAGAUGGGAGGGCAAACUGUCACAUCCACUGAAACUGUCAAAGAGACCGGUGUGGGUUCAUUGGCAUUCUCUGCAAUGCUGCUUAAUCGCUGGCACCAUAUGAAUGAAACAUGGGCUGUGAUUACUGCAAUCACUGUAUGUGCUCCUGGCAGGUGAUGCUUUGGAAGACAUAAAAGCAAUAACAAGGUACUUAACUACCUACUGGUGUAAUCUCAAUGCAAGCUCCAGCUUUCUUAUCCACCUUUUUCAUAGUAUGAAGACUGAGCCAGAUUGGCCAAUUAAAAAAAAAACAAACCCCACCUGACUAGGUUCUGUUGAGCCAAUUAGACUUGAAAUAUGUUUGUGUUUCUAGAAUCACAGCUCAAGCGUUCUGUUUAUCACUCACUCUCCCUUGUACAGCCUUCUUUUUGGUACUUUGCAUUUUGCUGUUCCUUUGAGUCUCGAGUGACUUCAGCAGGCUGGCUGGAAAUUCUCAGGCCGGCAGGUUCCAGUCCUAAUGAAGGUCCCACCUGAGCUGGUGUGUAAUUGCAUUUUUUAAAAAGUGUUUUCAGCGUAUCAUAGAUUCGUUUCCUGAAUGGCCUCCUGCAAAGUCCCCAGAUGAAAAUUUGCCAAUUCUUCCUAUUUUCUGUGUUUAUGAAGACAAUCAAAGCUGGCCUCAGAGACACAAUUUGUGACUUUUAAAAUGAUCAACGAUGUCCUUAAAAUGUGGUCUGCCAAUCUGUAACAAAAUGGUCCUAUUUUCAUGAAGAGGGACAUAAGAUAAGAUGAUGUUAUACAUCAAUAUGUAUAUAUGUAUUUCUAUGUAGACUUGGAGAAUACUGCCAAAACAUUUAUGACAAGCUGUAUCACUGCCUUUGUUUAUAUUUUUUUAACUGUGAUAUUCCCCACAGGCACAUUAACUGUUGCACUUUUGAAUGUCCAAAAUUUAUAUUUUAGAAAUAAUAAAGAGAAAAAUACGUAAGUGUUCCCAAACCGUGGUGUGGUGAAUGUGUGAGAACUAACUCGAUCGUAAGGGUCUUCCGAUGCAAAAUGUAUUACAAAUCCCCGCUCAUGUUUUUGUUCUUAAACAUGUAAAUGAAGAUCUUUAUAUUUCAAUAAAUGAGAUAUAUAUAAUUUAAAGUUA